CUGACAUUUGCUUUCAAGGAUGAUUUCUUCUCUCAUCGUUAUUCGCUCGAGAAAUCAGCUCCCAAGGCCAUAGUCUUAAUUUCGACUCCAUCUGCCAAGAAUGACCCCCUCACCAUGGACAACUUUUCGCAGAAGCAGUACGUUUGGUACCAGGUUUAAAUACGAAUCAACACUCGAUUCCACACAUAUUCGCUUAGUCCAGAUACGCCAGCGGACACGCAGCCUGUUGUCGGAGAGGCUGAAUAUUGACUUGACCACUCAUUCUCUGGAUGAGGCAAAGGCACUUGGUUACCACGCACUAUCCUAUACAUGGGGUGCGCCAGAGGGGGAUGGCAAACCCACCGACUCCGACUCAUGCAUACUGGUGAACGGCGAUAGAUUCUACGUCCAACCAAACUUAUUCGGUGCUCUCAAUCGCUUCGAGGAAUUUGAUUGGUAUUUGUGGAUCGACGCAAUAUGUAUUGAUCAGACCAGCCAAAGGGAACGCGAGAUCCAGGUCGGCAUCAUGAGCGAGAUUUACAGCAUGGCAGCCCGAGUCGAUAUCUGGCUCGGUGUUGGCGGAAAAGAGUCAGCUGAGGCCAUUCAUCUCAUACGGAAACUUGCCAGCUUGGCUGAGACAGAUGGAAGUGAAGUGAGCCUGGACAAAAGCGUAAUCGAAAGUUCAGGCCUUCCACCUACUCCUUCUGCAGCCUGGAAGCCAUUCGUUGAUCUUCUGGAGCGGAAUUGGUUUCGCAGAGCUUGGGUGAUUCAAGAGACCGUCCUAGCUCGGCAGACCUCUGUGUUCCUCGGAAACGGCGAAUGUAUCUCUUGGGAACAGCUCGCCUCUGCAUUGGCGAUGAUCAAAAGACUGGGCUGGUUUCCCAAUGGGGCGUUGGCCAUGGUCAAAUUGGAACAGAUUACGUGGUCGCCAGGACCUUACGCCGUUCACUUCAUCACCAUAAUCAAGAUGUCCCUCGAAAGCUUGAAAAAGCCUCAAGAUCACCCGUUGCUUUCUGUUAUCGAGGAGCUUACCGGCGCUGGUAAUUGGAAAACGACUGCCAGCUCUCAGUUGGCAUACAUGAUGAUGGUGUGCCAUAAGUUCAAGGUUACGAAUGCCCGCGAUCGGGUGUAUUCGUUAUUGGGAAUGGUUAACAUGGCCGCGAGCCAUAUGGGAAUUCCUCGAUGCGAUUUGGAAGUUGACUAUAACGCGAGCGUCGCUCAGGUUUUCACAGCUGCCACGAAGAAUAUCCUCAAUCAUUGUAAUCACUUAGGAUUCAUCUCUUUAGCUGGUUUUGCAGAAUUCUACCACGGCACACAGAAUUUACCUUCAGAGGAUAUACCAUCGUGGGUACCUAACUUAUCCAACGAGCCAUCGGCUGCGAGGACUGCUCCCAUCCUUUUUGAUCGUGUUAACAGCGAUGAUCGGUUGGACGCCGCGCGAUACAGUGAGAUUGGUUCUCUGGGCUUUAGUAUCACAGACUCAAGGCUGGCUGUCAAAGCUCAGCGUGUUGGACAGAUUCUUCCAGGGUCGUAUCCAUUUUACGUACUCGCUUACUAUUUCAACAUCGAACCUUUUGCGGCCCUUCUACUACGAUGCGGUAAGCGCUACAAAGUAACUGGAGAGCUCAGCAUUGAAGCUUGUUGGCGUACUUUCAUCUUUGGCUCAAAUAUAUACGAUUCAGUCACAGAUAGCUCGGCGCUUGGCGGUUGCUUUAAAGCCUGGCUAUCCUUCAUCUUGUUUCAUUGCUUGCGGGUCUGGGAUACCUCCAUGACAGUCGAUCAGCGACUUUCAAUCUUGGAACAAUUGACAAACUUCCAAUCUCUUUUGGCCCGGGAUGGAGAUGAAGCCUCCGAUAUGCUUCCAAGUAUCGAAUGGAUAAAACAGAUGCUGCAAAAGCUAGGGCCUUCUGAUCCUCCGGACUCACAGCUGUCGUCAAUAUUUUCAUACAUGGCGUCGAGAUCCUCAAUCACGGACUUUUCCUCAGAAGUUGACUUAGAGUGGACGUCCUCAGUGGCUAAGGAACUCGCCAACACGUUUUCACAGGCUUCUCAGUACGCGUCGCUCUUGGGUAGAUACGCUGGCCAGCGGCGAGUUUUUCUGACAGACGAAGGGCACCUAGGCUUGGCUUUUUGUUCGGCAUUUGAACCAGACAGCGUCUGGGUGGUUUCGUCUUGUCCGGUGCCAUUGGUUCUGAGGCCUCGAGCUGAUGGUACUUAUCAACUGGUCGGAGAUAGCUAUGUUCACGGAAUCAUGAAAGGCCAAGCGGUAAAGGAUAACAGCUGGGAGGAAAUUACCAUAACCUAAUAGAUGGUUCCAGAUAGCAUUGGCCUAACAUUAAAUAGAGACCAUUUUUAUGUGCUCCA